AUGGGGAUUAAUGCUAAUGGCGCAAGAUUCGACGAAAUUCUUGGAAUUAAUAUUCAAAUUCCAAAUGAUUUGAGCAAUAGACCUGAAUGGGAAACUGAGGAUGUAAAACAGGAGAUGGUGUUAUCCAGCAGUGGAAUUCAAAGCGAUUGCUUGUUUGACUCUAAUAUUUCAUCAACGAUACUGAAAGUUUGGAGAUUAUAUUUUGUCUUGAUGAGUCAUAUAAAUCAUCCAACACCAGAGCUUGAAAGUUUAAGGGCUAUUAAGUAUUUUCUCAGUUCCGAUGAUGAGUCGUUGGAGGAGAAUUCGGAUGAUGAGUCGUUGGAUGAGAAUUCCGAUUAUGAGUUGGAGAAUUCCGAUUAUGAGUUGUUGAAGGAGGAUUGGAGGAAAUUUGGAAUCAAUUUAUAG